AUGAGGAGGGCUUCAGGGGUGGGCAGUGCAGACUCGGGGGCGCCGGUGGGAGGCGCACCACGUGGUCGGCGAGUUCUGCAGGCUGUGUGGCGGUGCGCCGCGCGCAGUUCCGCGUUGAGUCACGCACGGCCGCGUCCGCGCCACAACACGGAGCCAGCGCAGCCCGGCACGCUACAGGUGGCACAGUCAGUCUGUGCCGGAGCCGGUCCCCAGUCAACACCUGUCCGCAGCGCCGCCAUGAGGCUGCAGCGAGUGUUCACCGUGUCGCGCCCCGCCGAGGAGGCCGGCUCUCCGUACGGCUCGACUGACGUCCUUCAGGGCCGGUGCAGCAGCCGCCGCUCGCUCGAGUCCGCCGCAGCCGGCGACAGCGCACGCAUGGCGGCGCGUAGACCCGCCUGGAAGUACAUGCUCGACUUCUCCAUCUUCGCCGUCGUUGCUGUUCUUCUCGCCUUGAUAGAGUCUGGAGUUAUUCCCAGUGCGAAGACAGGGUAUUACUGUGGUGACCCAAAAAUUUCGUUCAAGUUCAGGGGCGACACCAUAGGCAUUACCACACUUCUUCUGGGAACAUUCUUCUUGCCUCUCAUCUUUAUCUGGGUGGUGGAGACGCUGUGCGUGGCAUUCCUAAACGAGUAUGACGUGCCCAAGACGAAGAAGCAGUGCUGCAUGCAGGGCCUGUGGGAGGCGUCGCGCUGGUACCGCGACUUCCUGCUGGGGCUCGCCAUCGUCUUCCUCACCACCGAGGUGGGCAAGGUGCUUGUGGGGGAGCCCAGGCCGCACUUCCUAGACACCUGCCGGCCCACGCAGCCACCAAACUGUGACGGAUAUGUGAAUAAUUUCACAUGUACCAAUAAGGAUGUUGGGAACUGGUAUGUACGAGACUCAACAAAAUCCUUCCCCUCAGGUCAUGCUUCAUUAUCAGUGUUUGCAUCAGUUUUUACAAUGUGGUUCGUGCAGUGCCGUGUGCCAGGAGAUAUCACGUACCUGCUGGUGCCCUGGCUGCAGUGUCUGUGUCUCACAUGGGCUCUCCUGUGCUCCCUCACCCGCAUAACAGACCACAGGCACCACUGGUGGGAUGUGCUGGGUGGUUUUGUGUUGGGUUUUGGCCUAGCAGUAUUUACUGUAAAAACAUCAGACCAGUUUUCAUCAACCAAGAAGAUUACCACGACCUACACAAAAGCAAGCAAACUGGACAAUGUAGUACGAGAAAAUGGACAUAUUUCAAACAAUAGGCACCAGUCAGUGCGAAGACUUCUGUCAUCCACAUCAAGUUACUCUGCUGCUCUGACACCUGAAGAGAGGGAAUUAAGAGAAGCAGCUCUUAGCUGAAGAUAAUUGUGGACAACUUUGCUAACAGUGUUCUUUAGGUAUUUUCUUGAAGUGUACAAAGAAGGCCAAAUGUCGCAAUACAGUGGGAAUUAUUUUUUGGAUGACGAGUGUAAGUGUGAACAUUGAUAUUGUAAGAGUUGAAAUUUCUGAAAAGAUUGGUGUGAUAGUGUUGAGUGAUAGUGGAUAUCAUUUCUUGAUGAACUGUAUGUAAUUUUACUUUCAGUGAAUCCAUAACUCCACUACCAGCAGCACAAUUUCUAAGGAAAUGUGAGAGAAUGAUAGUGUUUCAGUAUAAGUAUAACAGGAUUCCUAUUUGACAGUUAUGCAUAUGAAGAAGCUUAAGUGGAAUCUAAAAAGUGCCUCAGAUUAAGGUAUUAAUAUCUACAAGAUAAAGUGUACUGUCACGUAUACUAUGUAGAUACUGUGCCUUGUUCUUGUGAUUUUGUAUCAGCUAAUAUAUGCAAAAUACCGCAUAUGAGAUAUUGCAAAAAAUAUUAAUGCCUAGUUUUACAGAAAAACUUGAAAGUUACUGUUAACUAAAGAGCUUUGUAAAUAUUUUUUGUAAAUUCUUCUGGUGGGACAGUGCUAAAAAAAGCUGUAACUCUUCAAGCAUCAAGAAUGUGAUUUAUAGUACAUUCCAUAACACUAAUAUAUUUUGAGACUGACAUAUGUUCUUUAUUGUGAAUAAUGUAAAUCUUUCUGAAUAAUAAGCCUGUGAAGAAUUUA